UUAGAGGAUCCUUGCAGGAACGGAAUUGAUUUGGGAAUCAUUGUGGAUAGAUCACAGAGUGUGGGGAAGAGCAACUUCACGUUCUUAAAGAAAGCCGUAAACAGCUUCCUGGACAACUUUAACAUUACUUCAAAGGCAACUCACACCUCUCUAAUCUUCUUUGCUGAUAAGGCCGUUCAGUUGUUCAGUCUGCGUGACUCGGCAUAUCACAGCAAUCAAGCUGUUAAAAACAGAAUUGAUUCUGUUUCUGGCAGCCUUUUUCCCGGUAACAGAGCGGACUUAGCGCUGAUGAAAGCUCACGACGAACUGUUUCAUCCAGGACAGGACAGGAAAAAUCGGCCCAACGUGCUCGUGGUGUUCAUCUAUCGAAACACGGCUGCAGAAUCAGCACCCUACAGUGAGACCGUUCCACCUCUUGAGGUAGCCGUCGCCAUUGUUUACUAUUAGAUAAGUGGAAUUAACCUCCUGGCUUGAAAAGUAAAGGGUCUAGGUAGGAUUGGCCUUAAAAAAUUUUACGAAGAUAGAUUAGAAAGUAACACUGGCCUGCCUAGAAAUGAUUUAUCCUUAUGGGCCGUGAAAUGAAAUCUGUAGAGAAAACCAUUGUUCUGAUCCAAUAAUAUAGUACACGCAUAGAUGCGCGAAGGGCAAAGAAAAUUGAAAAGGAGAAGAUGUUCCAUUUAAGGUUAUAUAUUUAUUUUUUUACAUUUUUUUUGUUUUGUCGCCAAGGAUAUAGGUACCCAUAUUAUUGCUGUUGGUGUUGGAAACCAGAUUGAUAUCAAAGAACUAGAGAAAAUUCGUGGUGAACGUGGCUCCGCAAUACAGUUUUCGGGUUUUGAGUCUCUCCUGGCAAAACCAAAUGACAUAGUAGCUGAAAUUUGUGGUGAGUUCUUUAGGGACAUUUUCUUUAAAAAUAUACUCUCAAUAAGGAGUAGCAAUCAUUAAGUGUCCGUUUAUAAAUCAUGUCAAUAAAAAGCGACUAAAUUUAAGGACGUUGGGAAGAAACAUGAUUAAAUGACCGAUCUCCACAAGCGCCUCUCUUUGUGAUCUCAAAAUGUAGUCGCGAAUUUAUUAUUACAAAUUUUAAAGAACAUUAUUAUUGCUUGAUUUGAGUAGUUAAUUGCUCUGAACCUACCUGGAUCCAAAUAAAACUAUAUUUCAGUUUUAAUUUAUAACUGUACAUGUAGCUGCUGUUUCAGAUUUUGUACAUGACAAAAUGUACUUACCAGGGAGAUUUAGAGAGAGUUAGUUAUCAGUGCCCACACUCCCUUCCGUUAUUCUAUCGAAAGAAACCCCUCUCUUUAAAAUACUUUUUAAAGUAUUUUGAAAAGUAUGCGAAGAUUUAUAUUCCAGGUGCGGUGUAGGAAAACACAAGCACAUCGGAAAUUUAAAGCAGAAUGCCCAGCAAAGGUUUUGAAAUGCGUUUUAACACACACAAAAAAAGUCUGGAGUAAUGAAGUAACUAGCAAUCUGCGAUAUGAAAGUUUGUCGUCAUUUAAUGCGAUGGAAGUAGUUUUGUAAAUCUCCUUGCAUGCAAUGGUUUUGAAGUUUUAUCACUUCAAAUAAAAAGUUUGUAAGGAGCUCUGCUUUUUGACUUGGCUAAAUAUUUGACCACAUACACAAUCCUACUAGCCUUUUAGAAUUUGGAGCAGAGUAUGGCGUCCGAACGUUUUUAUAAUUUUAUUGUUUUUUUUUUCUUUUAGUUAUAAAUGGUGGGUACACCCAUUGGUCAGAAUGGUCAGAAUGCAGCGCAAGCUGUGGUGAUGGAACCCGGAUGCGUUUCAGAAACUGCACAAACCCCAAGCCAAUGAGAGGAGGCUCAAACUGCGACAAUAUUGGACCAGCAAAAGAAUUUGAAGCCUGCGAUCUUCCCACUUGUGUUGAUUGUAAGUAUCUAAGUACUUGCCACCCAUUUGUGUCGUUGGUUAGCUAUUUUGAUAAGCACUGGCAAGAAGGGGCCCUAUAGGUGAAAGGUUCCCUUAAUUUUCGCUUAACUUUCGUCAGUAACAAUUUGGCGGCAAAACUUUGCUUAAAGUUGUAAGUAGAACAUUUACGCAUCUUAAAGUGGAGCUCAAUUCAGGAAAAGGUCAGGCUGGUAAUAGAGGCAAGUCAGAGUCACCUAUUGAUGGCAAUGCUAACCGAAAAAGAAACGCAUUGGCUCUUGAAAUUCUUUAAUUGGAUUUUUGGUUUGGUACAUUUGUUGAGCUCUUUUUUGAGCUACAUACCUUUUCUUUUCUCCUUUUCUUUUCUUUACUUUUAAAAAUAAUCCAUUUUUCAUUCAGUACCCUUAACUCACAUGGUAUACCCUAUAGUGCCAGGAAGCCUGUAGUGUAAAAGCCUCAGGCUUCUUUAUAGACCUCCUUGUCAUUACCACUUUAAACAUUUAAUUUUGCAAAAGAAUAGUGUCUAUUAUCUUUUAUGUAUUAUAAAUAUCUUGUAUAUUGCUGUUAAAUUCUUGUGUGGUUGUGUGGUUAAUGGCAAAAUAAAUAAAUGAAUGAAUAUUUGGAAUAUCCAAAAAACAACCUUAUUCCGUUGGGACAGAUUUGUUCUUUUUAUUAUGCUCUGUUUUAUUUAUUCAUCGACCAUAAUUUUGACUAGAUAACCCGAUAAAAGUUAAAAUAUCAUGCAUAUCUUAUUUUCCUACAACUUGUUACCCUGGAUCUUUCCUUUUCAUUUAAGCAAUUGAUGGUGGGUAUAGUCGAUGGACCUCUUGGACCCAGUGUAGCGAUAAUUGUGGUGGAGGAAUGCGCGUUAGAUUCCGAUCCUGCACUAACCCAUCACCGUUCGGAAACGGCAAAAAAUGUGAUUAUAUCGGCGAACCUCAAGAGACAAUUGCAUGUAACAUAAAGAAAUGCGGUAAAUAUACAAUUACUACAAAAGGUUAUUGCUAGGUGUGGCUUGUUAGUUAUUUUUACAGACCUUGAAAAAUAAGGACUAAUUAUUCACUGUAAAUUCCUAAGUGCAUUUAUAAGUUUCCAAUACAAAGUUACCAAUCAUUCCACAAGAAUGAUUUAGACUUACAUUAAUGGCAAAUGGCAAACGCCAUUCUGGUUGCCCUAGACUGACAAACUGCCCGAGCUCAAACAACAACUUCAGCAACUGUAGCUAAUUUACAAAACUUUGAAUGAAAGGACAGACGAAUGAAAAAAAUAAAUAUAUCAAUGAAUGAACGAACGAACGAACGAACGAACGAAAGAGAACAACGAAUUGAACAAAUGGAUGGUGGAUGUAAGGAAGGAUGAAUUCAUGGGUGAAUGAAUGGAAAAAUGAAUGAAAUGGAGAACACAAUAUAUGGUAUUAGUUAAAGAGAACACAGAGGUGACUGUUAUAGGCGAAGCUUUGAAUGUCAAGGGAAGUCAGCGUACAUGCAACGUCAUUUUUUUAUCUAUUUUUCUAUUAGUGUCAUCACCGUGUUCCAAGGGUAUUGACCUGGGCAUCUUGAUCGACCGAUCGAACAGCAUCUUAAAGAGCAACGUCCAGCGCCUUCUCAAAGUUUUCAUGCCUUCAUUUCUCCAGAAAUUCAAAAUCUCCAAAAAGAAGACUCACAUUGGUGUUAUAAUGUACGAUAAGAGUGCGAAUGUUCUUGCACCUUUUAAUGGGCCCAAGUCCAACAAUAAGGAGAAGGCGAAGGCCUUCAUCAGAAAUCUUGAUCCAUCAACUGCCAGCCACACACGUACUGAUAAAGGGCUGGUGUCCGCAUAUGAUCAGUUAUUUAAUAGGAAAAAAGGUGAUCGAAGUAAGAAGCGAAACGUCCUUAUAACAUUUACAGAUGGUCGGGCUUGGCCAAGGAGUCGCAUUCGACCGUUCUCGAAAACGGUGCCUCCGCUUAAGGUAUGUCUCCUGUUUAACCAGACUCCAUGUUAAGCUGGUGUUUAUCAAACUGAAUAGUUGAUAAUAGUUACGUUUUCCAAGCAUGCAAGCCUGUCUCCUUUCGAUGUCCUUUAAAAAUAAUGUAAAUGCCGUUGGAUGUUAUCUUUUGCGAACAAUAGUUUGUCGAACUGGAAAUUAUGGGUAGCAGCGAUUAUAUAUUUUGUUGCUCGCAUUGACAUGUUCUAAUCAUAAUUUGAUUUAUUCUUCAGUAGAGCGGACCCGACAAAAUUAUUAGAGGUUUCCGGUUACGAAAUGCUACUGCUUUCGACUUUUCAUCACAAAGAAAAAAACGUGGACACAUUUCUGUUUGAAGACAGGGAAACACAUCAGUGGAGAAUAUAAAUCACUAUUGUGAAAGGAAUUGGCAAAUCAGUAGAAAUGAUAUAAAGAGCUAAUUGCAGCAGCAAUACCGGAAUAUAAGCAACAAUCAAGAUUCAAAGAAAGAUUAGCCUGUUCCAGGCUCAAAGGCUCUGCACUAGUAAUGUUUAAGGGUCACGAAAACUAAAGCGAAAACGGUUGCCCCCGGUUGCUUGGAUUGUUUUCUCGAUCCCUUAACUAUCUGUGGGCCUGGCACAGGCUAAGAAAGAUUGAUAAUCUCGAUCCUAAGGUACCAUCGAAUUACCUCCCUUUCUUGUCUAAUCAAUAGAUAAGGAAGAAGUGCCAUAUGGUUGCUGUUGGCUAUGGUGUUCCUAGCAAGAUAAAUAUGACACAACUUCAAGAGAUUGGGGGAGAUCACGUGGUCAAAAUAAGCAAUUCACUAAAAAUAAAAAGCUAUGUGAACAAGAUAAAAAAUGCGGUCUGCAGUAAGUGAUGUUAUAUAUAUAUAAAAUUUUAGCUCUCUCGUAGCCAUAAGGCCAGUACAUGCAGUCUCUUCAUCGUAGCAUGAAGAGUAGUAACUUCGACUGCAUUUUUUGCGGUUAUAACAGGCUAUAAGGAAGAUUAUCAACUGCUAAGCAGUAAGUGUCUAUGGAAGAAAUCAUAUAAAAUAAUAAACGCUUUCCAAAUAAGUGUUUAGUUGACUUCGACAAAAGCCAAAAAUUCUUCAUCCUUGUGUGUUUUCUGACUUGGUCAAGGACGCAGUUUUACCACACGUCCCUAUAAUACAAAAUACAAUCCAAAUAGAUCUCAAAACAUAAGUAGCCUAUUCAAAAGUAUUUAAAAUGCGGUCAGUACUUAAGGUCUUAAAACAUAUUGCAAAUAGACUAUUUGAACACUGUUUGUAAUUUUGUGGGUGGAUGUGUCUCAAAAUACAUUUUAGAUACAACUCAAAACAGUGUUAAACUACCCUAUUUAAAAGUAUUUAAAUACGGUCAGCAUUUAGGCUCUUAAAACAUAUUUCAAAUAGUCUAUUUGAACUAUGUUUGUAACUUUGUGAGUGGAUGUUUCGGUCAGGGGUCAGCGGACAAGAUGGCUGCUUAUUUCUUUGCUCUUGAGGAAAUUGUAGUGAAUUUGAGUCUAGUGUUCUGUAGCGUGUGAUAUAUUAUAUCUGUUUAAUAUUGUGAGUGUCUACCAGUAUGCCGGCUAUUAAUUGCGACCAAUUUACCAAAAUUUUAGACGGCAAACUCAUUCCACUUAACUCGACAAUCUCGGAGUUAAAAAAAAUCAGUUAAUGAGGCGAUGAGUUUUCUCGAAGUUGUGAAUGCGAAGUACGAUGAAUUGCUAGAGAUGAUGAAGAGCUCAAAGGAUGAAAGAAAGGCUUUGGAAGAUGAGAAUAAGAUUUUGCAAGAUGAGAAUAAGAUCCUGAAGGCAACAAUUCGCAGCAUUGAAAGUUCACAAGAAUCAGUUACGACAGCGAACAAUGAUCUGGAGCAGUACACUCGCAGAGAGUGCGUGGAAAUCCGAGGAAUCCCUGUUGCUGCUACUCCAUCGGAAGAGCAAACUAAUAAUAUUGUGAAGGAUGUCGGUAAACUAUUAGGAGUGGAUAUUACUGAAAAUGACAUUUCAGUAAGCCAUCGAAUGCCUCAAAGUCAAAAACACAAAGGCAAGCCUGGACCGCCAGCUAUCAUAGUUAAAUUUGCGAGGCGUGAUGUCAAAGAUAAUUUCUACCGUGCUAGGAAGCAGCUCAAGGACUUAACAACGCGAGAUCUUGGAUAUUCCGAGAAAAACAAGAUCUAUCUUGUAGAGAGCCUGACAGAAAGUUUAAAAAGAAAAUGAAACAGCUCUUUAUCAAAGAUUACUAGACAUCUGUACGUUGUAUGGGUAACUUUAAAAUGGAAAUAAUACUGUUUUGCAAUGUAUGAAUUUUACUCUCUUUAUAUACUGGUAGUUUACUUAACUAUUUGUGUGUGUUUCUCUGUUUUCUUUGUUCUUGUGUCCCUGACCUAAACAUUUAAACAUCUUUUCUUUUAACUGGCUGCCUGACAUUUUUAACUCUUAGGUUAUUUCGGGCAGCCAGCGCCCCUAUCAUUGUCUGUACUAUUGUUAUAAAUUUUUAUUUCUUGUAUAUUUGGGGUGAAAUAAAUAAAGUGUUGUUGUUGUUGUUGUUGUUGUUGUUGUUGCGUCUCAAAAUGCAUUUUAGGUCCAACUCAAAACAGUGUUAAAGUACCCUAUUUAAAAGUAUUUAAAAUACAGUCAGCAUUUAAGCACUUUAAACAUAUUUCAAAUAGUCUAUUUCAACUCUGUUUGUAACAGUGUUAGUGGUUCUAUGCCCAAAACACAUUUUAAAUACCCUAUUUUCAUCAUAUUUAUCAAGCAAAAUACAUUGUAAAUUGAUGAGAGAGGUUUUCCUUUUCAUGAACUGCAAAUUAACUACACUUGAGAUAUAUUUCAAACAGGGGCGAAAAUUUAAAUGUUUUUGUCAAAUAGGAAUAAAAUACAGGAAAUAGUGUUCAAAUACUGAAAAUACAUUUUAAGUACUUUAAAAUCAGUUUCAAAAUACAUAUGGUUUGGCAAGGGCUAACUCCUGUCGUACUCUACAAAAUAUCUACUGAGAACUGAAUAUAACAAAACUUAAAGUGCUACUACGAUCAAAAUUUAAUGUCAAGUUUGUUACAAAAACGCUUUCUUUUCAGUUUAUCAGAAGUGGCUGUACCUGUUUCGGUCAUUGAAGUGAACUUUGGCGCCCUCUAAGUGAAAAUAUUGAGCUUGAAAAUGUAGGUUUUUCGCGUCCGCCAUUACAAAUUUAUGUUCCAGUGACAAAGCUAUUGUUCUCUGAUUGUGACGUCAUUUUCUGAACGCGCCAAGAAAACAAACCUGAACCUGGAGAAAACAGCGAGCGAUUCCAGUCAAAGCUUCACUCGUCUUCGCCCGAUUCUGGAAUUGUGAAGGAGGAAAUCAUAGAUUACGAUGACUCUGUACAACCAGCACCGACUGAAUAUGAGAAAGUCAAAUACUAAGGGCAGCUAGCCUCAGAGAAGGAAAAAAACACACUUCACCAAGUCGUAUUUUAUGCAGUUUGUGCCGACGGAGAUUCGGACUACUGGUAGGUGUAUUUGUAUAGGUACUAGCUAUAAUAAUAAUACACAGGCAAGACGAUCGAGAGUCCGCACCAAUUUCACCUGCCUUCUAGCCACUCUCGAGUGCUCAUUUAUCCAAGUGUAGAUAAAUUUUUGCUUUAUAGCUCUUCAGGCUCAGCGAAUCAGAGUGGGUACAGUUUUCUGUUCAGCUAAGUUUCGGUUCUAAAGCAGCCAGCUCGUUGUCAUAUGCAUGUGUUUUUUUUUUACCAUCUUAAACGGACUGCUGUCCUUUAUUAUUGAAAAUUUAUUUGUUACUUUACUGUUACGUAUCUGAGCUGAGGAUUUUAGAUCUAAUGUUAAGUUCUCUUUGUCAGAAAAGUUAAUUUACUCAUUUUCAAUACAAAUAGAUAAAUAAGGGGAUCGCUCGCUCUUGAUUUGGUAUAUCAAUUUAAUAAUUUUCAGUGCUGACAUUAAAGACUGUCACAUUCUUUGUAGCUCAUGUUUUUUUGAAAAGGCUGUGUCUGCCUAUGCCUUCCAUAUCGAUUGACUGCAGAUCAUUAUUGCAAGUUAUAAAUUGCAACGCUAAUAAAAAUUCAGAGAUUUCACCUCAUCCAACUAUUGUCAAUGAUAUCCCCUUGUAUUCCCAUAACUUUUAUAGAUAACUUUAUGAAAUUGUUGUAUGUGACGUUUUUUUUAAAUUUAUUUAUUAUUCAAACCCAGGUGUGCAUUUUUUGGAUGCUCUACUGAGACCAGCUUUGAAGCUUUGGCUAGACAAGAAAAUAUAUACAGUGGAAAGGUUAAUACAGACAUGUUAUGAUGUCUAUAUUAUCUGGGUGUCCAUAUUAAGUUAGCUCUCUGGAAAAAAGUGACAGACACAUGAUUUAUUUUAUAUAUAGCAUAAAGGAACAAGGAGGAAGAAGGGUAGGAACAAUGACUGUAGCAAAAAGCCAAGGACGUGAAACUUGUUGAGCAGGAGCCAGAAAAUUUAUCAAAGGACUACAAACAGGGGAAGAAAGAAAGGUGUAUCAAAGUCAAAUGUGUCAUGCUAUUUGGCUGCAGAUGUUUUGGUAAUAAAAUCUUAUUAACCCGUGAACUUGGUACAAUGUGUACAAUUGGCACAUCAUUGUGACAAGAAAAAUAGAAAGUGCCUGGGGAACCAGUGUCUCUAAAGCUGGAUUAAGAAUAUAUAGGAAUUUUUGACUUGAAACACAGAAAAGUGGUUGUUGUCCACAUUAACUACUGUGCAUACUAAGCCGGUUAAUUUUAAAGAAAAAAUGUAUGCUUUUCCUCAGGACAAACAAAACUGCCUGUUAUAUAUGGGUGUCCAAUUAAGUGGGUAGCUGUAGAUCAUAGAGUACUGGGUUAUCACUGCAUUAAUAAAUUAUUAUUAUUUUGCAACUAACUUUAUGUAUUGAAAAACUAAAUGGUUCAGUACAUCACUAGGUUGCACGAUUCUGCUGAUAACACAGUGUGCCAUAAAUUCACUGCCUCUAGGAAGAAGUGUUACACAGGGGAAAUUAUGUUCAUCAUGGAGGCCCAUCCUUGAUUGUGCUCUGUGGGUUUUUCUUGCUGGGUUUUUCCAUUGUAAAAUAUUAUUAGAAACUAGCAUUUUUAAGAGUUAAAACCCCUAAGAGAGCCUGGGAAGCAGUUUUUAACGUGCGCAGGCUGGUGACCACCUACAUUGAGUUGGGGGAGAGCAAAUUUGGCUGUUCUCUCUUUGUGGCUGUUUAGAACUGUCAGAUUACCGAACCUUUCUUGAGUCAUUGUUGAGCAGAGUCAUGUUCAUAAAUUUCAAGCCGCUGAAAAGUACCUUUCUCCUGCUGAGCGUGAUUGCAUAUGCUGAGUCCACCACUAGAAGUUUGCAGAUCAUGAUAUUACACUGUAGGUUCCUGUAAUGCCUUCAUUUUGUCUAGCAUGUCAUUGAAAUGUGCCAGAGACCACAUCAUUAGCUGAUAUAAUUCGUUUUAAGAAACCGUAGUUCAUGGAGUAGUCUUCAGAUUUAAUCAAGAACCUUCAUCAAAAAAGACUAUUCCGCAUUAUUGCAAAUGCUACAUAGCUUUGCUGGUUUGAAAAUGCAGAAAUCUAGGACGAUUGACUUUUUAAAGGCUUACCACGCAUCACACUGAUGGUAUCAAAACGGACCAAUAAUAAAUUUAGAUGCUGGAAGAUUCUUAUUCCAACAAAGAUACUAUUCAUAUGAAAAUGUAUAUUACAAUGGAACCUCUAUAACUAAGUCCUCGGUCUAACAAACUAUUUUUUUUACUCCAGUAAAAGUAAAAUAUAAGGCAAUAUGAAAAAGAACCUCGAUAAAAGUUAACAAACCUCGUUAUAAUAAACAUAUUUUGCCAGUCCCUUGGCCCUUCGUUAUAUCAAGGUUCCACUGUACUUAAUUUUAUUUAUUUAUUUUUCAGAAAGUGGGGAAGCCCCUUUGCCCUGCGUGGACCCUGCUCUAGCUUGGCUCAGGUUAGAUAAUACCCCCAAAGUAGACUAUGCUAAAUCAGGCAACAAAGAAUAAUAAAAUUGCAGCCUUUAAACAGUAUUACAGCCCUUGGCUUGUUUAUUGUAAUCACUGGUAUGACUAAAAAAUAAUGGAUUUGUAUAUUGCACACGGUACGUAAGACCUAAACUUGUCCUCCAGGUUCUUAGUUGGGGCCUCACAUUUAUCUUGUGAUCGACAAGUGUGCAGAUCAAUUGUUACAGUAGGGUGGACAGUGCCUUUGUAUGUGGUAAGGGGCCAUGAAGCUUCCUCAUUUAUAGGAAUAACAUUAGUCUAUCCCAUAUUAAAAGAUACACCAAGGUUUUUUGAUGUAGCAAGGCUGUGCUCUAAGAAAAAUUGAAAGGAGCCCAGUGCUCCGGACCCGUGAAAUCCUGGGUGCACAGCACAUGAUUUCUAUGAAAAAAUUUCCUAGUUGCCCCGGAACAAUAGUUAAGCACCACGGGCCAACUGGGUGCUGGUAGAGCACAACCUCGAGUAGUGAAACAUAAAGCAGCAGUGAUGAGCAGGGGCCAUGAAACUAUCUCAUACAUGUACAUAACCCUCAGUUGCAGUAAAUAUUUCAGUGAACAAGCCUUGGUGAUUAUUCAUUUUUAACUUGCAAUCUGUCAGUCACAUCACUUCAGUGAUUCAGUGCAUGAGUGCCCCUGUGUUGGAGUUUACAUCUCAAAUUAUGAUAUACUAUAAUAAUAAUUAUUAUUAUUAUCAUAAGUAUUCAAUGCGAGAUUGCAAAACUUUUCGUUAUUCACUCAAAAGAAAAACAAUACACAACAUUCAAGAUAGGAUCACAAUUUUAUUUUAAAGACCACAUCAGUAAAUGGUAAUAAUUCUUGCUGUAUUUUACAAAAUUGCAAAAACAGUUUUUGCAAUAAACUUGUGUGGGCUCUCUUGCUUUAGCUUGUGGUUUGAACUGACAAUGUGUCUGUGCAGUUUAAAUCAGGCUCUGAGUUUUGGGAAUACUAAAAUUGAAAAAAGCAUACCUUUAAUUUGUUUAGUGAGGGUUAUGGCGACCCACAUGUUGGAAAUACUAAGGAAUUUACUGUAUAUUAAAAUAUCUUACCAUUCAGAUUGCACCCAUGAUCCUGAUAGAUUUUAAUACUUUAUAAUAAAAAUUUACAAAUAGAGUUUUAAAGCUUUUUAUAAAAGCUCAAAGUAAUGUUAAUAGUGGUAACAGAAAAAAUAGUGCACUACAAGAGCAAGGUGUGAGCGAUAAUAGUGUUUACAAAACUAAAGGGCUCUCUGUGAUCUGUUGCCUUAGGGCAAAUCUUUUUGAAAGUUUCCUAAAAGUUUCGUUGUCGUCGCGUUCCAGUCGAAGAAAGGUCUAAGAAAAAAUUUAUCUUCGAUGACUUCGCCAGUAAUAAAAGCAAAAAUCACCACCGGCGAUAUAAAUAAACUUAGCGGUGGGGACAUUCACUGCAAGUUUUGCGAACUGUAAGCUUACCUCCAUGCGCUCCCUCUUUAUACGAAGAUUUCUUUCCGGAUUCAAGAUCUGUCGAUUGAUCUUUCUUCCAUAUGCUAGCAAACGAUCCAAGUUUAAUUUUCCGCCACUGGUUUGCGUUCAAAGCCCCGUAAAUGCUAUUGCAGCACUCUUCGAAGUUAUCAAACCGAGAAAACAGCGAAACUGUCAGCUGGAAACAAACCUAUUCCUCGAAUCUUACAUUCAGUCGGUCAGACUCGCGUGCAACUCAAUUCUAUCGAUUGAAGCGGUUGCUGCACACAUACGGAGCCUAAUGUAGUAAGAUCGAAAGAGUCUUCCUAAACAAGAACGCAUCGAAGUGGGAGAAAAGGGAACAUUGUUGAGCAGGGUUCUUGGAAGAAAAUUGUCAUGCUGUGUGUACUGCGUUAAGUAAAUGACGUCACAAAGCAAUUGCCUUGUGUUCUUGGUAACCAGGCCACAGGAACAUAGCGUUUUAAUGGCGGACGAAAAUUAAUGGUUUUUGAGCGCCAAAAAAUACCACUUUCCUUAAUCGUAUGAAGCUAUAACUUGCACACCAUGUACUUCAAGUACUAAACUUCCAAUCUAGCGAAAAAAAAUGGUAGUUAAAGAUUUGAUCGUAGUAGCACUUUAAGAAAGCCCCGCUAUUUUGGGAAUAAAUCUUAAAGUACCAAUAUAAUGAAGUUACGAAGCUAGUUUCUACAAAUUCGAUCUCUUGUUAGUUGAAACGUUAUUUACUGCUGUAUACUGACCCGCCACACUGUGAAUUCAAAAGAUAGUUCUUUUGUUUUUAUCCCCAAAGAUUCUGUCGAGCCAGCUCAGUUUUAAAAGAAAUAUUGCAGCUCUCUUCUUCGUCGUCGAUGAAAUUGAACCGCUACAAAUUUACGACCACAUAUUCACAUACAGACAGAUAUAGGGAAUCAUUUCAGUUGAAAAUUUUUGCAUCAGAAGACAUUGAUACGGCGGGUCUCGCGCGUGACAAUAGUGAACUUACGCAACAGGACGGGAGAGGUAAGAAGAUGGCAAACCUUGUGUGACAAGCGUGACAAUAAUUUUGUUUUGAAAUAUCUUUUCGCCAAACUUCGCUUUCGUUUAAACUGAUCUUUUUGUAAAAGACCGGAAAACAUAAAAUGUUAAGUAAAGAUAACGACAAAACACGUAAGUAAUAACCCUGUCACGUUUGUCACACACGAGCAUUUUGCAGUCCUCUUCUUCCUGCCGUCCUGUUGCGUAAACUCACUAUUGCUAACAUGAAGACAGAAGACUAACACGUUCAGCUGGCAUGGCUUUCUAUUUAUAUUCAAGGAUC